AUGGCCGACCAGGACAGGUUUAUUUGUAUAUACCCUGCUUAUUUAAAUAACAAGACGGCCAUCGCAGAAGGCAGGCGAAUCCCCAUAAGUAAGGCUGUUGAAAAUCCUACAGCUACAGAGAUUCAAGAUGAGUGCUCAGCAUUUGGACUUAAUGCAGUUCUUGAGAAAAACAAAAUGUACUCCAGAGAAUGGAAUCCUGAUGCUCAGUAUAGGGGCAGAGUCUGGGUUCAACUCAAACAGGAAGAUGGCAGCCUCUGUCUUGCACAAUUCCCAUCACAUAAAUCAGUAAUGUUGUAUGCAGUGGAAAUGAUUCCUAAGCUAAAAACAAGGACACAAAAAACAGGAGGCAGUGACCAAACUCUUCAGCAAGGAGAGGGAGGUAAAAAAGGGAAAGGAAAGAAGUGACCUGGCAAGACAAUCAAGUCUGACACACUACUGUAAGAGAUGUGGAUGGAGGUUUCUGAUUUGUAUCUGAGAGAAACUGAAGUUUUUUGUUUGUAUCAUUUAACUGAACUAUGAACAUUUGUGCCUCCCAGCUUUAGCAUGAGAGUUGACAAUGAAAUAAAUUUACAUCAGAAGUUUGCAUCUAACUCUUACGCAGUAUAAAAGAAAUUUUUUCUUUUUGCCUUUCAAUGCAGUUUUUGUGGAAGAAAGAAGCUUAUUUUUAAAUGGACAAUGGCCUCUACCAUAAGUUACUUGAAAUCCUGUAUCUGUGCUCUAUGUAAACAUAUUCAGAUAAAUGAGUUUAGUAAGAUUUGAAACACAUAUUGUUCACCUUUUAAGCUAAUGAAAUAAAAUCAAAACUGACUGUGUAGCUUUUGCUUAUGAACUAAUCAAUGCCAGUGGAAGAGAUAAUUUAAAAGAAUAAAAUGGGAAGCCUGACUGGUGUGGCCCAGUGGUUGAGUGUCAAUCUAUGAACCAGGAGGCCACAGUUCGAUUCCUGGUCAGGACACAUACCUGGAUUGUGGGCUUGAUCCCCAGUGUGCGUCAUGCAGGAGGCAGUCAAUCAAUGAUUCUUUCUCAUCAGUGAUGUUUCUAUCUCCCUCUCCCUUCCUCUCUAAAAUCAAUAAAAAUACAUUUUAGGACUAAAAGAAAAAAGAAUAAAAUGGGUAAUGGAUGUUUAGUAUGACCCUGAAAGUAGAAGAAAGUAGUUAAAUCCUCUUGGAGAUCUAUGAACAGCCAGUCUAGAUCAUAUUCUUUUUUUUUCUUUUUUUUUUAAAUUGAUUUUCUUUUUAGAGAGGAGGAAGGGAAAGAGAAAUAUUGAUGUGGCAAACAUCAAUCUGCCGCCUCCCGUAUGCACCUCAACUGGGGAUCUAACCCGCAACCUAGGUGUGUGCCCUGACCAGGAAUCAAUCACACAACCUUUUGGUGUAUGAGAUGAUGCUCCAACGAACUGAGCCACCCAACCAGGGCUAGCUCAUAUUCUUUUUUUUUUUUUUA